AUGUCUAACUCCAACGCCAUAGAGCCACCGGAAAAACUCUCUACACAUCCUCCUCCACCGCCGUCGCUUUCUUCAUUGCCUGAUGAAAUCGUUUUGAGUUGCUUGGCCCGCAUCCCAAGAAGCCAUCACCUAAACAUCUCUUGGGUCUCAAGAAACUUAAGAUCCCUUGUUCGCUCGCCUCAGCUCAACCUCUUGGUGGAUCGCACUCUCCACAAGAACUCCCUCCACGUAUGUUUGGAAAAAGAUGAUCACUCAUCCUUCCACUGGUUAACUCUCAAGGAAACAUCAACGAAAGAGUAUGGGUUAGUUCCGAACCCAACUCCCUUCCCUUCUCAUCCUAACUACGAUUCUUCAACUGUCACAGUGGGGUCAAAGAUCUUCUGCAUUGGUGGACCUAGAGGAGAACCUUCAACGGAUCUAUGGAUCCUUGAUACAAAAUCCGGGACCAUCACUCAAGGACCAAGCAUGACUGUGCCUCGAGAUGAGCACAAAGCAGCUGUGGGAGUGAUCGACGGGAAGAUAUACGUUAUCGGAGGCCAACCCUUAAACUUCUCCGACGACGGAAACAUUCAUGAAGAGGAAGAGAUCCUAGUUGAAGUUUUCGAUCCAAAGUCGGAGACUUGGGAACUUGCGGGGACUGAGAACGUUCGUAGGAGUUUACGGUGUAGUGCCUCGGUGGAGGGGAAGGUUUAUAUGGUGGAGUACAAGAAGACAGGUGUGUACAAUCCGAGAGAAGGUGAAGGAGAACGGUUAGUUCAUAUGGUAAGCGAGAGACUCUCGGACGGUGGAAGCAAGGAUAAGUUAAAGGAUAUGGUGUAUUGCGUGUGUGUGGUGGAGGAUGUUCUCUUUGCUUUCUUUAACCGGACUGGGUUGAUGUGGUUUGAUACACAGCUUAACGUGUGGAGAAGUUUGGUGGGUCGUGAUGGGAAGGAACUACCCCUUGUCCCAUGUGUGGAUGGGAUGGCGGAAUACGAAGGAAGGCUUGUGGUUAUGUAUACAGACUUUGACGGAUCAAAUAGUGUUCAGUGUAUGUUUGUCUCACUGGACAGAGCUAGAGGAAAGAUUUGUGGGACUAUCGAUUGGUCUGGUAUUUUGGCUACACUUCCAUAUUCCUUUCGUUUUCUUCAUUGUUUAGCUGUUUCCGAGUGA